GGACGCGCAUGCGCAUCCUGUCCUCCCGGGCUGUGUAGUUUUACAGUUUAGCGGGGAAUCUGAGGUAGCCGUAGAGAAGCUUGCUCUGUGUAUGGAGUCUUCCCGGGCUCAAAAUGUCGGCUAAUUCGAGUCUGAACCAACUGAAGAAAAAGUACAGGAACAGAUACUAUGGAUAUCGAGUUCGAGACGUUAGUGCACUGGAACCUGGAGAAAAUGUCUUGUCAUUUCUACAACAGUAUUUACAUAUCUCAGAUAGGGAAGAUGAUGAUGAAGAAUGCACCGCUCCUUUAAGUUCUGGUCAUUUCGUAAUGCAACAAAGUGGAAAGAAAAAAGCACAGAGUUGUGCAUCCAAGUCUUGUGGAAAUGACCCACAUCAACAUUUUCAAGAUAGGGAAGAUGAUGAUGAAGAAUGCACCGCUCCUUUAAGUUCUGGUCAUUUCGUAAUGCAACAAAGUGGAAAGAAGAAAGGCCAGAGUUUUGGAUCAAAGGCUUGUGGAAAUGACGCACAUCAACAUUUUCAAGGAGCUGAACAUUCCUUUAAACAAAGCAAUACUCCAGCAGUCCCUCAGAAGAAUGAAAAGCAAUCUGAGAUCUCCUAUACCGAGUUAUUUUCUGAUGGAGAGUCUGAUAAUGAAAAUACUUAUGAGGUAGCCAAGCUGAUAGAGGAAAGUUUGGCUGACCAUGAUGAUGUAGAGGACGACCAGCUUGUGAACAGUUCAGAAAAGCAGCGAGAAAAAUUAUAUAGUUCUGACUCUUCUGUGGUGCGGGAGCCGCCUAGUCCAACUUCCAAUAUUCAUGCAAAGAAAUGGUUAAGUUUCAAGGAAGCAACAUUUGGCGCAACUCACAGUGUCUUCGCAAAUAUAGUGUCUACACCAUCAGAAGAGUCCAGGAAAAAUGCUCAGCAGUUAAAACUGCCGGAUGCCAUAAAAUCUAAUGGAGCAGAUAUUACAUAUGAAUUGCAUUCAGAAGACGAUGGACUUGUAAUAGAGGAUGAAAGCCGCUAUAGAUUGAAUGCUUGGAUUUCCUCUUCUAAAAAGAAAAAUGCUCCUCAGUCACCCUACAGAGCAAAGGAAGACAAACCAACUACAACUCCCAAAAAAGCAAUUGAAGCUCCCAGUAGUGUGAAAAAGAAAUCAGAGAAUAUAAAGGAAUCGCUGACUAGCAACGUCACCGCUAAAAGACUUGUAAUAGAGGAUGAAAGCCGCUAUAGAUUGAAUGCUUGGAUUUCCUCUUCUAAAAAGAAAAAUGCUUCUCAGUCACCCUCCAGAGCAAAAGAAGACAAACCAACUACAACUCCCAAAAAAGCAAUUGAAGCUCCCAGUAGUGUGAAAAAGAAAUCGGAGAAUAUAAAGGAAUCGCUGACUAGCAACGUCACCGCUAAAAGAUCAAAUGAGGAAUUUAUGAUAGAGGUUAAAAACAGGCGUAAUGUCAAUGCUUUGAAUUCUCCAUUUAAAAAGCAAAAGUCUUCGCCACCUGCUGGACCAAAGAAAGAUUCUCCAACUCCAACACCAAAAAAAAUUGAAACUCCCAGUAGCACGCAGAAAAAAUGUGAAACUGUUAAGGCAUCGUUGACCAGUAGCGUCGCAGUUGAAAGCAUUGCUUCCCUGCGCUAG